CGCCCCGCCGAGCACCUCCCGCCCGCCAUCUCCCUUCCGCGGCGGCCCGGAAGGGUUUGGGCGCCGGGCCGGGCGGCGGCAUGGCGGGCUGGGCGCUGCUGGCCCGCCUCGGGGCACGGCUCAGGGCGGCGGGGGCGGCCGGCCACAGGGGGCAGCUGGGCUCUGUAGCCAGGCAUGGUAACGAUGCAACAUGGUGGCACGAACACCUUUCUGAAGAGAAUGUCCAGUUCCUCAAGAAGACAACUGCUGAGGAAUACAAAGCACAGACAGCCAGCAAGCUCUGCCCUCUGAAGGAUGAGCCGUGGCCACUGAAUGAGUGGAAACCAGAUUCUGUCAGAGUCGGUGUUGUUGCGGUAAAACUGGGAAUGAUGCCAAUAUGGACCAAGUCAGGAAAGAAACACGCUGUCACGCUACUUAAGGUACAAGACUGUCACGUUUUAAGAUACAUUUCAAAGGAAGAAUCAGAAGGAAAAACAGCUAAGCUGAUUGUUGGAGGAAAAAAUGUAUCUCCUUUUUUUAAAUCAGAGGCUGCAAUGGAAAUUUUUAAAGAAGCUGGAGUACCACGGAAGCAGAAAGUUACAGCGUUUAAUGUAACAGAUGAUGCCAUAAUUAAACCAGGCACUCCUUUGUAUGCCGCUCACUUCCGUCCAGGACAGUUCGUGGACGUCACUGCAAAAACAAUUGGUAAAGGAUUUCAAGGUGUUAUGAAAAGGUGGGGAUUUAAAGGCCAGCCUGCAAGCCACGGCCAAACUAAAACUCACAGACGCCCUGGAGCAAUAUCUACCAAUAAAGCUGCAAAAGUUUACCGUGGAAAGAAAAUGCCUGGUAAAAUGGGUAACAUCUACAGGACAUCUUUUGGGCUAAAGGUGUGGAGGAUCAACACAAAACAUGACAUUAUCUAUGUAAAUGGCUCUGUUCCAGGUCACACAAAUUGUCUGGUGAAGGUCAAAGAUACAAAAUUGCCUAAUUACAAAGACUGCAAUAAAAACCCCCCGUUCCCCACAUUUUUUGCUGAUGGAGAUGAAAAACUACCCGAAGACUUGUAUGAUGAGGAAAUUUUCCAGUUCACAGAUCCAUCUGUCACAUAUGCAUAAUGUUCUUGACAUCUUUGAAAAUGUACAGUUUUGUUAUUUUCAUGAACUUGCAAUGCUAUAUAAGAAUAAACCUAUGAAUUGCAAUUUGGCCAACUGACGUGAACGCUUCAGAUAUCACUGUUUUGGUCAGGUAAUAAGACAUAAGACUAUCAAUUGCAAAUCUGUAUAAAUCAGCAGGUGAGUCAGAGGGACAGGUUUCAAAGCACAUCAACUUGUCUUUGGUGAUCUUUUGUCUUUUGUCAUGGGCUGUGUAAACUUAGACAUUUCUGAAAAACUGUUUUGCAAAUGGGUCUAUUUGAUUUUUUUAUUUUUUUUUUGAAUACUACCAAAUUCCCUGUUUCUCUUCUGUGGAAGGUAUUCUGGCCAACUGAUCAACAACAACAACAAAAAAAAAAAACCUUUCAAAUCUGCUUGGACAUCUGAGAGAUAAAUAAAUCAGAUGCAAAUCCGGAUUCACAAAGAGUAAUAACCUGAAAUAAAAAAUACAUUGAUUUA